AUGUCGUCUCCCGGUGGCUCCGCCCAGGCCGAGACGACGCUCAAGGCGGAAUCUUCAUCCACAGUCCCCGUCCCAAAUGGUCAACAGACGACCACAGCGAACGCGGCGCCCGGGACAACGACAACGGCUGCCGCUCCGCCCGCACCCAGCUCGUCAACCACAACCAGUGCCGCCCCGGCGCCAACGACUAGAUCAACCACCUCUACGACCUCCUCGUCCUCGACCUCCACAACCUCCUCCACAUCCAGCUCCACCAUCUCGACGAGCACAACGACAGUCGCUCCUCAAACAACGACAGCGGCCCCUCCCUCAUCCACAUCAACAACCCAUCAAGUUGCUCCAACCAACCCAACGACUGAUGCAGCGCCCUCUACUACCUCCACUGCCGGGGACCCGAGCAAUUCACAAACGAUCGUGGUGGUGACGAGGACGCAGACUGACUCUCUGACGAGCAGCACGGGAACCGCUACCACCUCUGCGGCCAGCUCCACGGAGACUGGAGCCGCACUGGCCGCCUCAAACAGUGGAAGCAGCAAGGGCUUAACCUCAGGCGGCACAAUUGCGGUCGCAGUUGUGGUCCCUGUUGUUUCUGUGGCAUUGCUCGUUCUCGCGGCGCUCUGGUUCUGGCGUAAGCGUAAGGCGAAGAAGGCCGCCGAGGAGGAACGCCGGAAGGAGGUCGAGGAGUACGGCUUCAACCCCAACAACCCUGACAAUGACCCCCACAUGCCUGGUGUUUUGGCUGCCGGCACCGUAGCUCCCAAGGAUGACGUGACGUCUGGGUACCGUGGCUGGGGAACGACAUCUGCAGGACGCAAGGCCUCUACGAACCUGUCCAGUGGCGUUGGCGGGUUGGCCAUGUCCGAGACUGGCGGCGGUUACCAACACGUCGCAACCCCGAGCGAAGGCACGAUGCAAUACUCCGAUGGCACUCGCCCUGAAUCGGGCGAGAUUGAACCCAUUGGUGUUUUGGGAGCGGCGCCCGUUGCGGCCAACAACCGCACAAGUGACAUUCACCGCGGCCCUUCGAAUGCCUCGUCCGCAUAUUCGGCUGCCAACCGGUCCGACGCAUCUGAAGAGAGUCACAUGUCAGCGGGUCACCCCUCGGGUGGUUAUUAUGGAGAUAACCCCUACUACGGGGAUAUGAGCAAUCAUGGUGCCUACGGAGCCGAGGACUAUCAGCCCGUGAUCCGCGACGUCCAGGCUCGUCGUAACACGCGAAUUGAGAAUCCUGGAGUUUAUCCUCGUGGAAACGCCGGCAUUGCUCAGAAUUUCUAG